AUGGCCAGGCAGCGCUGGGCCGGCCGAUGCGCGGCCCUGGCGGUGCUCCUGGCAGCCUGGUCCCUGCCCCGAGGAGGCAGCGCCGGGCGGCUCUUCCUAAACGAGUGGGCAGCGGAGAUCCCUGCCGGCCUCGACGCUGCUAGAGCCAUCGCGGACGAGCUGGACUACGACCUGGUGGGGCAGAUUGGAUCACUGAAAAACCACUACUUAUUCAGACAUAAAAGUCACCCAAGAAGAUCCCGAAGAAGUGCUAUUCAUAUCACUAAGCGACUUUCUGAUGAUGAGCGAGUGUCUUGGGCAGAGCAGCAGUAUGAAAAAAAGCGAACUAAGCGUGCCUCCAUGAGAGACUCAGCAGAAAGUCUUUUCAAUGACCCUAUGUGGAAUCAGCAGUGGUAUCUGCAAGAUACAAGAAUAACUCCAUCCCUGCCCAAACUGGAUCUCCAUGUUAUUCCUGUGUGGCAGAAAGGAUUUACAGGCAAGGGAGUUGUCAUCACAGUCCUAGACGAUGGAUUGGAGUGGAAUCACACGGACAUCUAUGCCAAUUAUGACCCAAAGGCAAGUUAUGAUUUCAAUGACAAUGAUCAUGAUCCCUUUCCCAGAUACGACCCAACAAACGAAAACAAACAUGGGACACGGUGUGCAGGAGAAAUUGCCAUGCAAGCCAACAACAGAAAAUGUGGUGUUGGAGUAGCCUACAACUCCAGGGUUGGAGGUAUACGAAUGCUGGAUGGAAUAGUCACUGAUGCUAUUGAGGCCAGUUCAAUUGGUUUCAAUCCAGAACAUGUGGAUAUUUACAGUGCAAGCUGGGGCCCUAAUGACGACGGUAAAACUGUGGAGGGACCUGGGAGACUGGCACAAAAGGCUUUCGAGUAUGGGAUAAACCAGGGCCGAAAUGGGAAAGGCUCCAUUUUCGUGUGGGCUUCAGGGAAUGGAGGCCGUCAGGGUGACAACUGUGACUGUGAUGGUUACACUGACAGCAUCUACACCAUCUCCAUUAGCAGUGCUUCUCAGCAAGGACUUUCUCCCUGGUAUGCAGAGAAGUGCUCUUCAACUCUGGCCACAGCAUACAGCAGUGGGGAUUAUACUGAUCAAAGAAUUACAAGUGUUGAUCUUCACAAUGAAUGUACAGAAACUCACACAGGGACCUCUGCAUCCGCACCUCUGGCAGCAGGAAUUUUUGCUCUGGCACUGGAAGCAAACCCAGGUCUAACAUGGAGGGAUAUGCAGCACUUGGUAGUAUGGACCUCAGAAUAUGAUCCACUGGCUGGAAAUCCAGGAUGGAAAAAAAAUGGAGCAGGACUGAUGGUCAACAGCCGAUUUGGGUUUGGGCUACUCAACGCCAAUGCCUUGGUGGAUUUAGCUGAUCCCAAAAGAUGGAAACAUGUACCAGAAAAGAGAGAGUGUAUUGUCAAAGACAAGAGCUUUGAACCCAGAUUAUUAAGAGCAAAUGAAGAAGUCAUCAUUGAAAUUCCCACAAAAGCCUGUGAGGGUCGAGAGAACUCCAUUGCAUCUCUAGAGCACGUGCAGCUCGAGGCAACGAUUGAGUAUUCCCGCAGAGGUGAUCUUCAUGUCACUCUGGUUUCUCCAUCAGGGACCAGCACUGUCUUACUGGCUGAGAGAGAGAGAGACAAAUCUCCAAAUGGCUUCAAGAACUGGGACUUCAUGUCUGUCCACACAUGGGGGGAAAAUCCAGCAGGCACCUGGAUUUUAAGAAUUACUGAUAUGUCCAGAAGAAUACAAAAUGAGGGGAGGAUUGUAAACUGGAAAUUGAUUUUGCAUGGCACCGCUACCCAGCCCGAACACAUGAAGCAGCCACGUGUGUAUACAUCCUACAAUGCUGUGCAGAAUGACAGAAGAGGAGUAGAGAAGAUAACAGGCCUUGUAGAGGACCAUACCACACUGGAGAGCCUGAGUGAGAAUCCCAAAGCCACAGAAGACACCAGCAGCAGCAGUGACAAAGCAGAAGAUAAAAUUCCAUCAGAGGCCAUGCUGCAUUUACUACAAAGUGCUUUUAGCAGACAGAUGGACCAGAAAGAACUGCCAGAGAAGACUGCAAAUGAGAAGUUAAACAUUCCAUAUGAACACUUCUAUCAAGCCCUCAAAAAAUUGAACAAGCCCUCCCAGUUGAGAGGCUCAGAAGAAAGUCUGUACAGUGACUAUGUUGAUCUUUUUUACAGUGCCAAACCUUACAAGCAUAGAGAUGAUAGACUGCUGCAAGCGUUGGUAGAUAUCAUAAAUGAAGGAAAUUAACUGUAGGGUAUGGCACUGAGUUGGAAAUAUUUGUUCUCCCCAUCUGUAGUUUUUUUCCAAAAUCUGUGUAUGCUCUAGUUGUAUGAUUGCUGCUUUGAUUGCUUCAUAUUUAAGACAAAUAUCAAGGAAGGGAAAAAAUGAGUGCAAAGGGAUAAGGCAGGAAAAUCACACUUUUUUAAUAUUAUCUUUUUUCAAAACCUUUCUUCAGAGUAGA